AUGGCUUGUGUUGGAAUUGACAUUGGAAGCGAUUCGGCGCGAUUGGUAUUCGAGGCUCCUGGUCUCAUUCGCACAAAGGAGCGGCCGCUUUUCCGCGAAGAAAAGGGCCCGGCUUCGACCAUGUCCGCCCUAGACUUAUGGCGCGCAGUGGAAGAAAUGAUUGGCGAAGCGAUUGAGGAAGGCCAAAAUGGACAUUCACAAAGCAAGCAAGUACCCAAAGCUGGAGGAGACCAGAAUGCAAAAUUCGAUGCAGCCAAGUGCACCGGCACCAUGUGUGUGGCGGCCACAUGUUCGCUCGUGGUAAUGGAACGGGCCCAAGUGGGCCGGCGCGCAUGUUUUCGGCUGGUGGAGCCCGGGCGCGAAGUGGUGGUGUGGAUGGACCGGCGCGCAGAAGCCGAGGCGCAGUGGCUCAACCAAAGACUAGCGCCCGAUGUCCUUGCGCAAGUGGGCGGCGCCAUCACGGCGGAAAUGGGGCUUGCGAAAAUGAAAUGGGCCGCGGCGCAGUAUCCCGGGCGGCAGUUGGUGUUUUUUGAGUUGCACGACUGGGUGAGCUAUGUUUUGAUGGCAGGCGCAAAACCAGAUGGAAGGGCCGUGGUGGUGGAUGAACUUGAGGGCGCGGUGGUUUCGUUCGGACCGGGCGAGCGCGCCAUGGACGGGUCGGUGAAAGGUUGGGGAGUGGAUGUGAUGGCUGCAGCAGAAUUAAACGUUGAAGUGGCGGGCGCCCCAAGAUUUGCGCAGGAAAACAACUCGUGCCACCAAACAGCAGAAACCGGAUACUUUGGUGCGGUUCUUGGCCCGGCGACUCGCCCUGGCUUUAUGGUUUUGCGCGGGUGUAUCGAUUGUUACGCAGGCCCCGCCGCGCCUUUUGUUCAGCGGCGCAGCGCAGACGGACAAACCCCGGCACAAGAUGGUGGCUCGAAGCUUCCUCUGGCAGAAGACUCGAACGGCGUUGUAUCGAUGAUAGCAGGAACGCUGACGUGUUUUGUUGCGGCCGUUCCUGGGGCCCAGGACCCGAUCCCUGGUCUUUGGGGCCCUUUUCCCCAGUUGAUUCCGUGUCCGGUUUAUUCUUUUGGCCAGCCAGCAUCGGGCAAGCUUUUGGGCGAGGUGCUUCGGGCACACGGCGCAGAGGACUUUUCGCGCGUCGAGGCAGAGGCGGCGCGCCUCGAACAAGCUUCUGGCGCCCCAUUGUCGCGCCUCGCGCGCCAUAGCCUCUACUACGGCGAUAAGCAUGGCAACCGCAGUCCUUACGGAGACUUUUCCAUGGAUGAGGUUUGUGUCCGAGGCCAUAAUGCCGCUGCAGCUGAUGAGGUGUGCGCCAAAGUGUCAGGCGACCCCGCCUGGCCAUUGGUUCUUGAUUACUAUCUUGCGCUCGAGUUCCUUGCGUUUCAGGCGGCGCAGCUUUUACAGGCGCUCCCGGCGGUGUCUGCCGUUCAUAUGAGCGGGUCUCAGGCAGGAAACGCGCGCUUUGCGCUGAUGGUUGCACUGAUGGUGGCGCCGGCGCCCGUUUAUGUGGAGGCGGGCAGUGCCAAAUGGGCCGGCGCGCGCGCAUGCGCUCGACUUGGGGCGGCGCCCGAACGAAAACUUGUGCGCCCGUUUCCGCAAGAAAGUGCCCGUUUUCUUCGGGAGAAGUAUGCGUUUUGGAUCGAGUUGGCAAACUGGCAGAGCCGCUGGCGCAAACACAACAGACUUGCGCAUGGGCAGUAA